GCUUCAUUUAAAUACUGAACUAUGUAAUAACAGUAUAGCCGCAGUUCAUUUAAUUUAUAAAACAGUAAAACCCAUAUUAGUUACCUAACUAUAGUUGGCAGUUGAGUUGUGGUUAGAAAAGAGUAUAAACAAAAUGUGUUAUAGAAUAAUUUCAUUUGGAUUUCUCUUAAUUUGUGUGCAAUCCAUUAAUGCAGAAAUACCUUCAUACCUUAAAGUGUGUCACAAAGGGCCCGAAUUCAGCGCAUGCGCUGUCAAAAGCGGUAAUGAUGCCUUACCACAUCUCUUGAAAGGAGAAAAGAAAAUGAAAAUUCCGAACAUGCUUCCCAUGAGAUUUCCAGAAGUCGACGUAGAUGCUGGACCAACUUUAAAAAUUAAACUAUUCGACUUGGACGUGUUUGGUCUUGAUACAGUUGUCCUAAAGAAUGUCAAAAUUGAUUUUGACAAACUUCACGUAACUCUCUUCAUGAACGCCAAACGUGCAGCUCUAAUUGGAAAGUACGAAGUAGAUGGACAAAUUCUGGUACUACCGAUUCAAGGCAAUGGGAAUUUGAAUAUUACUAUUGAAAACUCGGAUUUCCAGUAUGAUUUUAAUUACAAGUUAGUGAAGAAGAAUGAUGUUGACUAUGCCCAAGUGUUACCAGAAGAUACUUUGGAGUUUCAAAUUCCUAUGGCAUAUAUACAACUAGACAAUCUGUUUAAUGGAAAUAAACAAUUGGGUGACCAUGUUAACAAGUUUUUGAACGAAAAUCACCAGGAUGCUAUUAAAGAAAUGUCAGGUGCUAUCAAGGUAACAAUUUCAGCUAUAGGCAGACAGUUUUUUCAAGGAAUUUUUGACAGCAUACCAUACAAGGACUUAUUCCUGGAUUAGUACAUAUUUGUUAGUGUAAUUUACUUGUUUGUUAAUUUCAAAAAUAUGAAUAAAUGUCAUAUAUUUAUAUAAAUUAUAUAAAAAUAUAAUUUUUUUUCAAAAGAAAUUUUAAAAGAUGA